GAUCAAUAACGUUGAAUUAUUUUUUAGGAAGAAUAGCAUUUCCAGGAAUGUCCCCAUAUGUGACAAGCAAGUUUGCAGCUGUUGGAUUCAAUGAUAGCUUAAGACACGAGCUUAAUGUUUGGGAAGUCCCUGUAAUUUCUAUUGAACCAGACUUUUUUCGGACUAAUUUGAUAAAUGCGGAGCAUAUCGAUCGCUUAGUUGAUAUAAUGGUUGGUUCAUUAGAUGCGGAUAUUUUAGAAGAUUAUGGGAAGGAAUACUUUGAAGCCCACAAACAAGAUAUGAAAGUUCUUAUGCAAAAGGCAUCGACUGAUAUCCAUCUGGUCAUUGAGUGUAUAGACUCAGCCAUUAGUUCAGUGUAUCCAGACGUGGUAUACAGACCUUGCGGAACGUUCUGGAAUAAAAUUUUAAUGCAUGUGUAUGAGGUACUUCCACCGAAUUAUCAAAAUGUUCUAAUGAAGAUUUUGAUGAGUGGUGGUAUAAAACCUAAACGUGUUAAUGAAAGAGAUGUAAAAUGAAAGUGUUUGUUAAAAAUAUUGUGCGUUUUAAAAUAAAUUUGGUAGAAAAUAA